AUGUUUGCCGUCGAACUUUCCCGUCUCCAUGGGUUGGACUUCGUCGUAAUCCCUGGAGCUGCAUUCUGUCUCUAUCUGGUUGGACUGGCCAUCUACCGGCUCUAUUUUCAUCCGUUGGCCAAGUUCCCAGGACCCAGGCUUGCAGCGCUAACCAGCUGGUAUGAGUGCUACUAUGACCUUGUCAAAGGAGGCAAGUUCCUGUGGGAGAUCGAACGCAUGCACGAAGUCUAUGGCCCCAUCGUGCGCAUCACCCCGCGAGAACUCCAUAUCAACGAUCCCUAUUACUACGAUGAGAUCUACGCGCCCUCGACCAAGCGCCGGGACAAGGAUCAUGAGUACGUCAAGUUGGACGGUGCCCCGGGCUCUGUCUUCUCUACCACGCAGCAUGAGCUUCACCACCGCCGGGCCUCAGCCCUGCUUCCCUUCCUGUCCAAGAAAGCCGUGCGACACUUCGAGCCCGUGAUGCGUCAGAAACUCGAUCGGCUAUGUGAUUACCUGUCCAGCUGCAUCGCGCGGCAGAAUACCCUGACUGUGUCCCACUUUGCGAUGGGCCUCACGAUCGAGAUCAUCUCGACCUUUGCGUACGGCGAAAGCUAUCCGUGUCUGGAAAACGACUCUCUCGGAUCCCACUGGAAGCAGACCCUGGCCGCCGCCAACGAAGAAGCUGCCUUCCUGCGCCACUUUCCUUGGGCUCACGACCUGCUGUCCUGGAUUCCCCCGAGUCUCAUCGUACGGGUUAAGCCCACAUUGGGUCUCUUGAUCAGCUGGCAGCAGCAGAUCGCCGAGCAGACGGACAUCGUUUGCCAGCAAUACCGCAAAGGAACCCUACCAUCUGGGACCGUCUUUCACGCCAUAUUGCAGAGCGAUCUGCCUGCGCAUGAAAAGGAGCCCUGGCGACUCAACAGCGAAGCCCAGAACUUGAUCCAUGCCGGCAGUGAGACGUCAGCCAAGUCAUUGGAAAUUUGCCUGUAUUACUUGCUAGCCGAUCGACGGAUGCUCGAGACUCUGCGAAACGAGCUGAAGACCAUCAUGCCCGAGCCUAGGUCUACUCCCUCUUGGACUGAACUGGAGUCGCUGCCUUAUCUGUCCGCGGUAGUAAAAGAAGGAAUCCGGCUCCAACUAGGAAUCACGACCCGCAGUCCGAGAGUCGCGCCCACUGAGGUGCUUCAAUAUGGGAAAUGGAUGAUUCCCGCUGGUACCCCAGUUAGCAUGAUCAGCUGGUUCGUGCACACGAACAAAGAGCUAUUCCCGGACGGACUAGCCUUCCAGCCAGAGCGAUGGAUCAAGGCCGCUGAGGCUGGCUUUCGGCUGGACCGACAUCUCACGUCGUUUAUGAGAGGCGGCCGCCAAUGCUCUGGAAUCAAUCUCGCCUACGGCCAAAUCUACAUAAGUCUAGCGGUCCUUAUCCGCCGAUUCGACUUCGAGCUAUACAAAACCACUCUCGACGAUGUUCUUCCCGAUUGGGACUCGUUUGUCGCGGCCCCGAAGAAGGGAAGUCUCGGGGUAAGGGUAAAGGUUGUUGGCGAGGUCGUUGAAUGA